CUAAAAAAAGCAAGGCAAUUAGGCAAGAGCAAGUUUUUGUUUUUAGGUUAGGCAAUAGGCAUUCAUUUCAGUAAGCCGCCUUUAACAAUUUAUACGCUCACGUCACGUGUAGAAUUUGUAUAUUAUUAAUUAAGUAGAAAGUUAUCAAAUCGUUUUUGUUUUACAUCAUUUUAUUGAAACUUAGUCUUUCAUCAUGAACUAUGAUGAUUAUGAUCAGGGAUAUGGAGCAUAUGAGUACAGUCAAUACGACUACGGAGACCUUCACACGGGAGAUCCUCAAAGAGACAUUGAGUAUGACCGUCAGCACUUUAAAGUCCCUGAAAUGGUCAAGAAAUUUCUUCAAUACUUCUGUAACACUUUGAAUGAAGGAUUGAUAUUUGAGUUGCAGAACAUCUAUGAGAAUACAUUCCCGAAACUGACCGAGAAGUUCUUCGACAAGCGUCCCUGGCCUGAAGAGGAAGAGGUAGCUCACAUUGUCGACAAUGAUCCGAUUUUCCUGAUCCUAUACAAAGAGUUGUACUUUCGCCACAUAUACGCUCGCGUCCCUGGAGGACCCACUCUAGAGCAGAGAUUCGGCUCUUUCUACAACUACUGUGACUUGUUGAACUACAUCUUGAGUGCGAAGGAGCCAGUCCCUCUCGAGUUACCCGACCAGUGGUUGUGGGAGUUGGUAGACGAGUUUGUCUACCAGUUCCAGUCGUUCUCCCAGUACCGGGCUCGUCUGAUGAACAACCAGGACAAGGAGAACGAACUGGACUGCAUCAAGAAGAACAACGAAGUGUGGAACGUGCUGAGUGUACUCAAUGUACUCCACUCGCUUGUGGACAAGUCCAACAUCAAACGUCAACUCGAGGUGCAUGCCAGUGGGGGUGACCCUGACAGUGUGGCUGGAGAGUUUGGACGUCACUCUCUCUACAAGAUGUUGGGCUACUUCAGUCUUGUCGGGUUGCUGAGACUCCAUUCCCUCUUGGGCGACUACUACCAGGCCAUCAAGGUCCUGGAGAACAUAGAACUGCACAAGAAGAGUCAAUACUCUCACGUGCCAGCAUGCCAGAUCUCCACAUCGUACUACGUUGGGUUCGCCUAUAUGAUGAUGAGACGUUACGCUGAUGCUAUCAGAACCUUCAGCUCCAUUCUGCUGUAUAUCCAGAGAACCAAACAGCUGUUCCAGACCCGCACAUAUCAGAAUGAUCAGGUAAACUGUGGCGCUUGCGUCACAAAACAGACCGAGCAAAUGUACCAUUUGUUGGCCAUCUGUCUGGUGUUGCAUCCUCAGUGUGUGGACGAAAGUAUUCAACAAGUUUUGAGAGAGAAGAACUACCACGAGAAGAUGUACAAGAUGCAGUACGGAGACUUGGUAGAGUUUGAGGCAUGUUUCACCUUCGCCUGUCCCAAGUUCCUCUCGCCCGCCCCUCCGAUGCACCCGCAAGACGAUUACGUCAAGGAAGCCAUGGAGCAUCAGAAGCAAGUGUUCAUGGACGAAGUGCGUCAACAGAAGAUGAUUCCAACAAUCAGAAGCUACUUGAAGCUUUACACGACUCUGCCACUGUCUAAGCUAGCAUCCUUCAUGGACGGGCAGACCGCAGACAUUGACAAGAACGUCCAAGCACUUCGUAUCCACCUGAUGUGCUUCAAACACAAGAUGAAGAAUAUCGUUUGGACCAAAGGUACUUCAGGUCUGGAGGGUACGUUCCAGUCCGGCUCCGAGUUGGACUUCUACAUCGACAACGACAUGAUCCACAUCGCAGACACAAAAGUGGCGCCUCCAUACGGAGACUUCUUCAUCCGCAAAAUACACAAGUUUGAUGAACUCUACAUGAGCACUACAGGCUCGUAUACUAUACGAGCCUAUCGAAAAUAAAAAAUAAAUGAAGAGGGUUCACUUACUCUACGAAUCAUUGUGCCUAUGAGCCUCGUGUAUUAUAUUUAAAAAUACAGUAGGAAGGUUCGCUUACUCUACAGAUCAUAGUGACUAUGAGCCAAGCUUACGAAUUAUUUGAUAA